AUGAAGCCAAGGGCUAUGGAAACCGCAGUGAAGGAUAUAGCCCGGAAAAUGCACCACAACAACCUUGGUGAAGAGAGCUUCAUAUACAACGUUGAGCUCAAUUGCAAUCAAUCUAAAAGCUGCUUCUGCCUUUCUGUUAUGGAAAAAUGCACGGCUCUCAAAGCGUUGGUGGAAGCUAAAAAUGGGAUCUCACAAUAA